AUUUGACAGAAAGAGCCCGGAAUGAGACAUCUCCAUGUUUAUAAGUGUUUUUUUGUACCUCUCAAACAUUUUAUUUUAUUAUUUUUCUAGCCUAGAAGGACGUGCGUUUUGACGCGCAAAACCGAGUCUCCGCGUUUUAAAAAAUCCCUGAGAAGAACAAAACCACGCAGCCAGGAUAUCGGCAGUCUGUAAGUCAGCCUUGCGUUUUUUUUUUCUGUCUAUUUGAAUUCCUGCUUCCGUGGUCCUCUGCGUCCAGACCACAGCCACAGCGAUGCCAGAGACAACGCAAGAGACGUGCGCUUCGGCCAAGGACUCUCCUUUCUUCAUUAAGAACCUGCUGAACUGUGAUAGCAAACCGUCCAAACCAAAGCCCGUAUUGGCUGCCACAAAGGCGGCCUUGGAGGGAGGAUUUUCCCUUUCCCAGGUCGGGGAAUUCAACUUUCCACGCUUUGACCUGCCCGCACAGAGGUUCAGUCUACCGGCUCACUACUUGGAGCGCACCUCGGCGUGGUGGUACCCCUACGCCCUCAGCUCAUCCGCCCACCUACACAGAACCGAAGUCACCGAGAAACCAGGAGCCAGAGACUCCUCUCCAACCUCGGGCACAGACAGAGACUCGCCGGACCUGGUGCUCAAAUCGGAGCCAGACGCCAAAGACGACGACGAGGACGAUGAGCACAACAACAAAAGCGGCGACGAGAUCAUUCUGGAGGAGAGCGACACGGAAGAAGCCAAAAAAGACGAACUGGAGGAGUGGAAGAAGAGGGACGACGACAAAAAGCCGUGCCGCAAGAAGAAGACGCGCACGGUUUUCUCACGGAGCCAGGUGUUCCAGCUGGAGUCCACCUUCGACAUGAAGCGGUACCUGAGCAGCUCGGAGCGGGCCGGCCUGGCCGCGUCCCUCCACCUGACGGAGACGCAGGUGAAGAUCUGGUUCCAGAACAGGAGGAACAAGUGGAAAAGGCAGCUGGCGGCGGAGCUAGAGGCCGCCAAUCUGAGCCACGCCGCGGCGCAGAGGAUAGUCCGGGUGCCCAUCCUCUACCACGAGAGCUCGGCCUCGGAGAGCGGAGGCGCCGCUGCCAACGUGCCAACCAGCCAGCCGCUGCUCACCUUCCCGCACCCCGGCGUCUACUACUCCCAUCCCAUCGUCACAUCCGUGCCGCUACUCAGACCGGUUUGAACAGAGCUGAGUGUUGCGGCACAAGUUGGUGUUUAUUUUGCAAAUCAACUCAUCCGAAAAGUAAAAGAAACACUUAAUAUUUUUGUACAAGUGACUGAAUGAAGAAACAAAACAACAAAAACAAAACAAAAAAAAAGAAAGAAAGAAAAGAGACACACUGUCAGGCCUACAUGGACCUAUUCUGGCAAAUGUAUUGUGUCAUUUUCCAUUAAGGGUGCCGUUUACUCAUGAUCCGACAAUUCAAAUCUCAUGUUUUAUAUUAUUAUUAUUAUUAUUAUUAUUAUUAUUAUUAUUAUAUGUAAUUAUCACCUCAGGAGUCCACCUGCUUACACUGCCUGAUGAGUGUCUUUUAUUUUUACACCAUGACUUUUGCUGGACAGGCCAACUCUGUGUGAUGUACAAAAAGAAACUUUACCUUGUUUACAAAAAUUGGGCAGCCUAAAGGGCGCAGACCUGCUUAUCAUCUAACUUUAAUCAAUUAUUCGAUUUUUUUAUUUACAUUUCCACUACUGAUUACCCGAUGAUGUGCAAUACACUGACUGUGUGCUGUGAAUGAAUCAGUCCACGCUUUGGGAAACAUGCGCGUUUUGUCAUCUAUUCACGGUGGAAUAUUCUACUGAUGAGGCGUUGUUGUAGGCUAAUUUCCCUUUUUAUGUUUUAUUUUUUUGCUUUUUAAAGCUUGACGCGGGACAAUCAAGACACUCUCAACUGUAAAAUACACAUGUAGCUUUAUGUUUAGUUUUAGUGCUUCUCACUCUUGUUCCCUCCACAUGG